AUGUCGGGAAAGGGUGCACGCCCUACUUUUAGGAGGACAACAAGCAUGACAGGAAUCAGGUUUGAUGUGGCCACUUCGGAGGCACCACCACCACCGUCUGAUCCUCAAAAUACGAUGGCCGGCAGUGAAUUUAUGGACGUAGAGGGUCUCCAAAGCCGUUUGAUUGAAUAUGAUCAUCUUUCAACGGCCAUGACUUUAUCACCAAGAUACUACAACAGGAUCAGUUCAACAUUUGAUUCCAAUGCAGAAACCGCUCCUUUCUUGAGAACCUGUGGCCUCUGCAAUCAUCGUUUGGCAGCUGGUCGUGACAUAUAUAUGUAUAGGGGUGAUAAAGCAUUUUGUAGUCAAGAAUGUAGAGAACAACAAAUGGAACAAGAUGAAAGAAAAGAGAGACGAAGUAUGGCGGUUCCAAACGACGGUGAAAGUCAUAACCACCGCACAGAAGUGGGUGCAGCCGCCGCUGAGACAACCGGAAAGAGUGAGACUGUGGCAGCAGCUUAA